AUGUUUCUCUCUACCAAUUGGUUGCUUAAUGUGAGCUUAAUUCUUAACAGAUAUGAACAUUCAACUGGUAGAGAAGCUGUUCUUGAAAUGCUUCGUGCUAUCAUAGUGAAAAUUCCAGACAGAAUACAAGAGCAGUCUCAGACUAUUUUUAUGCAUUUGGUAAUAUGCUUGGCUAAUGACCAAGAUAACAAAGUCAGGUCUAUGGCUGGUGUUGCCAUAAAGCUACUUGCAGAGAACAUGAAGAAAUUUGGGUCACUUACGUCUGUUAUUGAAUAUAGUUUUUCUUGGUAUAGGGGUGAGAAACAGCAUUUAUGGAGUUCUGCAGCACAGGUUUUGGGAUUAUUGGUGGAAGUGAUGGGUAACAGUUUUUAGGAGUAUGUUUCUGAUGUUUUAUCUGUUACGAAAAAAAUCUUGCAAUCUGCUUGUACUGCUCUUGCGAAUAGA